GGGCCCGGCUCCGGCGCGCGCGGCGCGGAGGCUGCCGGCGGGAGGGGCGCGGGAGAGGUCGGGGAGCAGCGCAGUGGGAGGUUCCGCGGCGGCCACCGGACACAGCCGCCCGCGGCGAGCGCGCUAUCGGUUUUUCCUUCGCGCCCCCGCGUYCCCAGCUGGCUCUCGGAGAGGACCUGGAGGAGGCAGGUGGCUUCCUAGAAGAUGACCAUAGAGGACCUUCCAGAUUUUCCAUUAGAAGGAAAUCCUUUGAUUGGAAGAUACCCCUUUUUAUUUUCAGGUUCUUAUACACCAGUUAUCUUUUCCAUUUCUGCUGCACCAAUGCCUUCAGACUGUGAGUUUUCCUUCUUUGAUCCUAAUGAUGCCUCAUGCCAGGAAAUUCUCUUUGAUCCCAAAACUUCCGUCUCAGAAUUAUUUGCCAUUUUAAGACAAUGGGUUCCUCAGGUCCAGCAAAACAUUGACAUUAUUGGAAAUGAGAUUCUUAAGAGAGGUUGCAAUGUGAAUGAUAGAGAUGGACUGACAGAUAUGACUCUUUUACAUUAUACUUGCAAGUCUGGAGCUCAUGGUAUUGGUGAUGUAGAGACAGCUGUAAAAUUUGCAGCUCGACUUAUUGACCUGGGAGCAGAUGUCAGUUUGCGGAGUCGCUGGACAAAUAUGAAUGCUUUGCAUUAUGCUGCUUAUUUUGAUGUCCCAGAACUUAUAAGACUGAUUUUGAAGACCUCAAAACCAAAAGAUGUGGAUGCCACUUGCAGUGACUUUAAUUUUGGAACGGCUUUGCAUAUUGCAGCGUAUAACUUGUGUGCAGGUGCUACAAAAUGCUUACUGGAGCUUGGAGCAAACCCCGCAUUUAGGAAUGACAAAGGACAGAUCCCUGCUGAUGUUGUUCCAGAUCCAGUGGACAUGCCGUUGGAAAUGGCCGAUGCUGCAGCCACUGCUAAGGAGAUCAAGCAGAUGCUUCUAGAUGCGGUGCCCCUGUCGUGUAGYGUCACAAAGGCCAUGCUUCAAAACUGUGAUCACGUUACUGCCAAGUCAAUGCUUACCUCUCUCGGCUUGAAGUUAGGKGAUCGUGUGGUCAUCGCAGGACAGAAGGUUGGGACAUUAAGAUUUUGUGGAACAACUGAAUUUGCAAGUGGGCAGUGGGCUGGCAUUGAAUUAGAUGAACCAGAAGGAAAAAACAAUGGAAGUGUUGGAAAAGUCCAGUACUUUAAAUGUUCCCCCAAAUAUGGUAUAUUUGCACCUCUUUCAAAGAUAAGUAAAGCGAAAGAUCGAAGGAAGAACGUAACGCACGCUCCUUCCAUGAAAGCCGUGCCUCUCAUCAGGUCCCAGAAAAUUGAUGUAGGUCACGUCACCUCAAAAGUGAACACUGGAUUGAUGACAUCAAAAAAAGAGAGUGCUUCUGAAUCAGUACUUUCCUUGCCUCCUAGUGAAGAAUUGAAAACUUUAACAGAGAAAGAUGGUUUGAAUUCCUCAGCAACAUCUAUAGCAAAUAAUAGCCGUCGUGAAGGGGAGCUCCGCCUUGGAGAUAGGGUGUUGGUGGUUGGCCAGAGAGUUGGUACCAUUAAGUUCUUUGGGACAACAAACUUUGCUCCAGGGUAUUGGUACGGUAUAGAGCUUGAAAAACCCCAUGGCAAGAAUGAUGGUUCAGUUGGAGGUGUGCAGUAUUUUAGUUGUUCUCCAAGAUAUGGAAUAUUUGCUCCCCCAUCCAGGGUACAAAGACUAACAGAUUCCCUGGAUACUCUUUCAGAAAUUUCUUCAAAUAAACAGAAUCAUUCUUAUCCUGGUUUUAGGAGAAGUUUCAGCACAACUUCUGCUUCUUCCCAAAAAGAGAUUAACAGAAGAAAUGCUUUUGCCAAGUCCAAGACCGCUUUGCGUCGCAGCUGGAGCAGUACCAGCACAGCAGGUGGCCUUGAGGGGAGUGUGAAGCUGCACCGGGGCUCUCAGGUCCUGCUCACGAGCUCUAAUGAGAUGGGUACCGUUAGGUACGUGGGCCCCACGGACUUUGCUUCAGGGAUCUGGCUUGGACUGGAGCUCCGAAGCGCCAAGGGGAAGAACGAUGGCGCCGUGGGUGACAAGCGCUAUUUCACCUGUAAGCCGAACCAUGGAGUCUUAGUUAGACCGGGAAGAGUGACCUAUCGGGGAAUCAAUGGGUCCAAACUUGUGGAUGAGAAUUGUUAAGCUUCUAAAGUAUGAGUCGAGCUCAGAAGUGUGUGUGCACAGUGCACACGCACACCGUGUAAAAUAAGAACCCAUGGCAUAUGGUUUUACUUUCUUUAGCCAUUGUCUAACAUGUGGAAAUGCAGCGUAUAGUCAUCUUCGUACAAACCCUUACAACAAUGAGUGACYCCUUAAAAGGCCACAAGCACAUGAGCUCUAGAUAUCAUGGUUCUCUUAAAAGGUUUCCAAAUAAGCACUUUUAAAAGCUUUAAAAGCUU